AAUAGGUGAUAUAUAAUCUUCCUCUUUCCCCAUUUCUCAUCCUCUCGCAGCUCCAGUACAGAGAGAGAGGAGAGAGAAAACCGCAGAAAUGGUGUCUUUGAAACCGCAAAAGCGGCUCGCCGCUGAUAUCCUCAAGUGCGGUCGAGGCAAAGUCUGGCUUGAUCCUAAUGAAGGCAACGAAAUUUCCAUGGCCAACUCUCGUCAAAACAUUAGAAAGCUUGUCAAGGAUGGUUUCAUCAUCAGAAAGCCUUCCAAGAUCCAUUCUAGGUCCCGUGCUCGCCGCAUGAACGAGGCCAAGAGGAAGGGCCGUCACUCUGGAUAUGGUAAGCGUAAGGGUACCAGGGAGGCAAGGUUGCCAACCAAGAUAUUGUGGAUGAGAAGAAUGAGGGUACUCAGAAGGUUGUUGCGCAAGUACCGGGAAUCAAAGAAGAUUGACAAACACAUGUACCAUGACAUGUACAUGAAGGUCAAGGGUAACGUGUUCAAGAACAAGAGAGUACUCAUGGAGAGCAUCCACAAGACUAAGGCCGAGAAGGCUAGAGACAAGACAUUGUCUGACCAAUUUGAGGCUAAACGUGCCAAGAACAAGGCUAGCAGGGAAAGAAAAAUGGCCAGGAGAGAAGAGCGUUUGGCAAUGGGACCAGGUGCUGAAGCACCCGCACAGCCUGCACCGGCUGCAGCACCAGAAGCUGCUGCCAAGCCAGUACAGACCACCAAGAAAGCAAAAAAGUGAAGUGAUGGUGUUGAGAUCUGACAAGGAAGCCUAGGGUGAUAGUAAACCUUGUUAUUUUGUUAGCAUAGUAUCUUUUUUGCAGCUAAUAUGGUUUGUGAUUUCAUGUUAUCACUGAGAUAGAGAUGUUUGAUAAUCCUGAUACUCAGUUUGUAAUGUUUUACGUUUUUUUAUAUGUUAAAUUGGUUCAGAGUA